AUAGUCCGACCCAGGAACAUGUGAUUUGUGCUAGCCAAUCAGGUGAGCGCGCAGGUGAAAUCUUGUGCAGGAAGAGCCUAGAAGGGGAUGCUGCAGAGGUGACCCGUUCGGCUGAUGCUGCAGGAUUCCUCUGGGUCUAGUGGCUGCACUUAGCGCCUCCCCCUCCUGCAGUUGUCUGAAAUUCAAUGGCAGAAGACAAUGAUACCUCAGUAGCAAGUUCUUCAGUGUCCUCUCCAUUGGACGAAUUUAGUUCCAGACACAACUAUGUCUGCACUUUAUCACCUGAACUAGUCAUAAAAGCACGUGAAGAGUUGCAAGAGAAGCCAGAAUGGAGACUACGUGAUGUGCAAGCGCUGCGGGAUAUGAUAUGGAAGGACUACCCAAAUCUGAAGACACGUAUUGAUGACUCUUUCCUGCUACGGUUUUUAAGGGCAAGGAAGUUUGAUUAUGACAGAGCACUUCAGCUUCUGGUAAACUAUUACAGCUGCCGGAAAGGUUGGCCUGAAGUGUUUAAUAAUUUAAGGCCAUCUGCAGUCAAACCUGUGCUGGACUCUGGAUUUCUGACUGUACUUCCUAAUAAAGACGCAGAAGGACGCCGGAUUGUCUGCAUUCGUCCCGGUCAGUGGACUCCUAGAGAUUUUCCAAUUACAGAAAAUAUACGUGCCAUGUAUCUCUCCCUGGAAAAACUUGUUGAGUCUGAGGAAACCCAAGUUAACGGCAUUGUAAUAUUAGCAGAUUAUGAUGGGGUCGGUUUGUCACAGGCAUCGCAUUUUGGUCCAUUUAUGGCUAAAAAAGUGAUUGGAAUCCUUCAGGAUGGUUUUCCUAUUCGAAUUAAGGCGGUGAAUAUAAUUAAUGAACCACGAAUCUUUAAGGGGAUUUUUGCAAUUCUGAAGCCAUUUUUGAAGGAGAAAAUUGUGAACAGGUUUUUUCUCCAUGGCUCAGACUUAAACUCUCUUCAUAACAAUGUACCAAAGUCCACCCUUCCCGAGGAAUAUGGAGGUACUUCUGGAAAGAUAGAAAGUUCCACAUGGAGCCAGGUACUUUUGGCUUCUGAAGAUGAUUUUGCAGAAGGCAUUUACAGGACUGGUCCUACCUGUGAAGAAUCUUUACAGGGAUUUGCAAUGAAUGACUCAGAAUCUGAUUUCUUACAAUAUGAGGAUUCUGGCCGUGGGGUAAAAUCCCAGCUUUAUUGUUACUAAGCUGUUUUGGAUGAAAUAGUAUUUUAUUUUUCUUUGUAAAUAUUUGUGUAUCAAGAGCGACAAAGCUAUAAGUGUUGAAAUUUGUUACCUGGUUGGUUGGUUUUUUUUAUUUGUUUUUUUUUUGUUUUUUUUUAAUGUUUUGUUGUUUGACCUUUAUUAUCAAUAAACCAAAAUAUUGGUCAGCUGCCCAACAAUAACUAGCAUUCCCAUCGUUGUCUAGUGGAAUUAACAUGUUACAUAGGGAAGGAAAAAACUUAGUUUAGUUAACAUGGAUGAAUUUAGAUACAAUUGUUAACAUAUUGUUUAUUAAACCAAUUUAUUUUUGGCGAUCGGAUUUAAAGGGAUAGUAAACCCAAAAAUAUUCUUUUACAUUUCAGAGCAUACAAUUUUAAACAACGUUCCAAUUUACUUCUAUUCUCAAAUUUGCUUCAUUCUCUUGUUAUCCAUUGCUAAAGGAACAGCAUUGCACUACUGGCAGCUAGCUGAACACAUCUAGUUAACCAAUCACAAGAGACAGAUGUGUGCAGGCACCAAUUAGUAGCAGCUCCCACUGGUGUAUGAUAUGUGCGUAUUCUUUUUCAACAAGGGAUACUAAGAGAAUUUGAAAAUAGAAGUGAAUUUAAAAAGUCUUAACAUUACAUGCUCUAUCUGAAUCAUGCAAGUUUAAUUUUGACUUUCCUAUCCCUUUAACUUCAGGUAAUAAAAUUCUGCAUGUUUUCUUUGUGCCAAGGUUGUGGUCAUAUCAGUACAAAGGUCAGUUGUUCAAUUUUUAAAUCUAAUUUGAUUGUGGUUUAAAAGUCACAUAUGUGCAAUAUCUUCCUAAUUGUGCCAAAAUACUGUUUUAUUAUUAUUUUUUUAAUUAUGGGCUAAAUGUCUUAGAUUUUAUUACAUAUAUUUUACAUUAUGGGGAGAGGGUUUCAUCUACACUGUAAGCACAAUAAACGGAUUAAUAACCA